CGGAUGGGAUAUUCCUCUCAUUGCAUUAGUGUGAACAAAAAGAAAUCUUUAAAGACUUGACACUUCACAGUAUUUAUUUACUAAACUUUAAUUUAAUAGUUUAAGACUUAAGUCUUUUUUUUUUACCUUGCCCUAGUCUUUUAGUACUCUUUAGUAGUCUUUUUUUACAAACACUCAACGACAUCAAAAACAACAUUGAGUUUUCAGCACUCAAACUCAAAGAUAAAAUUCAAAAAAAAAAAAAAAAGCUCAACAAUAAUUAAAUUAAUUAUUUUUUUUUUUACCUUGACCUAGUCUUUUAAUACUCUUUAGUAGUCUUUCUUUACAAACACUCAACGACAUCAAAAACAACAGUGAGUGGUCAGCACUCAAACUCAAAGAUAAAAUUCAAAAAAAAAAAAACAAGCUCAACAAUAAUUAAAUUAAUUAUCAAUUCAAUGCGCCGAGUAAAUAUAUAACUUAUUAUAACUGUAGUUGUAGGCCUACAUUUACCGUCAUGGCAUCUGUAGUGUACACUUUUCAACCUUUUGUCUUUGUAAAACAAACUUAAAAUGAAUCUGACCUAAGCCUAGGCCUAAGCCUAAGCCUACUACUACUGUACUAAAUGUAUAAUUUAAUUUUAAUAUAGACUUAGAAAUGUAACUAUAAGUCUGAAAUCUAAAUCUAAAACUAUUGUAGUAAUGAAAAUAAAUUACAUGUUUGAUUUGCUGGAAUUAAAUUAUAAUAUUAAUAUUUAAAAAAUAAUUAAUAAUUAGUUACAAUUUUAAUGAUUAAAUUUGAAAUCAGUAUUAUCCUUUGCAACUUAGGAGACUGAUGAUUACAUUGGCAUUGCAACACAAGUGACUUUGAAAUUGAAGUGAGGUUAAAACUGAAAUCUACUUUUCUCAGAAAAAAUAUUAUAGUAUAGCACCGAUUAAAUAUAGUAUAUGCCUAUGGCUAUAUUUGAGACUGAGAUUGAAACUGUAACUGUAGGCGUAGGCAUCCCCAUAUGCCUACUUCCUAGAACUAAAUGAUUUUAAAAACAACUCAUACUCAUUGAACUCAUUCAGCAAUAUUAUUAUAAAAUAAAUAUUUCAAAGAAUGGAUUUCGGGGAGUUUUAGUUUUAUACUUCUCAAUAAAAUAAUUUGUAAGUUUAAAUCAGGUCAAAGUUCAAGAAUUUGCAAUAGGCUAUAGAAUUAAUGAUUGAAUGUUAUUUUGCUCAAUUUGAAUUUGCAUUGGGAAGUUUUAUUUAUAUUGUGAAAUUGUUUUUAUUUCACUGCUCUUCUGUAAAAUAAUGUAUAUGAAUGAAUGCAGAGUGAAUAUCCUUGAAUAUUGAUUAGUUUAACUUUAUUCACACUGAUCAAGAAGUGAAGGUAAAGUUAAUUUUGUAGAAACUGAUCAAGCAUAAGAAUAUUGAAAAGACUUUUAGAGGCUUUUAAUUUUGACUUAUUUUCUAUACUUCUCUGGGAUAUAAACUAUUUAAGAUUUCAAUUACAUUUUCUUUUGGCAUGAUAGAUAAUAAAUUAUUCCUUUUCUGUGAUUGUUAUAUUUUUUUUUAGUAGGGAGUUCACGUCCCAAUACAACACAGACCAUGGAUAUUUCUUCUUUAAAAAAUGAAGCAGCAGAUUAUCUGACCAAAUCAGGCUGUAGCCUGGUUGUCACCCAUGACGAUGAGAAGAAUAAUCAGAUACAUCUGGAAUCACGAGGGAACAGUUUCAAAUUUUACAUCACAUGCCCUAGUUCUGAUAGUCCCUCAUGGGUUUGUAAAACUCUAUUUAUAACAUGAUUUAAGACGUGUAAUAUUUUUAUCAGACAUAUUUACUCCCAGAUAUUCUUGUUCAUUAACGGAACUUUAAAAAAGUAUAUAUAUUUCAGAGAAAUAUGUGGCAUGGGGUUAUAAGAAAUUUUUUAUAAUUAUAUUCUGUUACUGUUAUAAAAAAAACAAUGAAGAAAAAUGUAAUUAAUAAAUGCAACAGAACUUUUUAAUGAGCUGUUGACUUUAGCAAGUAGAAAAAUAGAAAAAUAUUUUUUUUUUUUUUUUUUAAAUAGACUUUGUCGAAUUGGCCUGGCUGACCUAAAUUGAAUAAUGAAAUUACUAUUUUAGAAUGUGGAAGUUUUAUUUUUGGAAAUGUUUAGUAUGAUUACUGUAUGCACCCGUAGACACAUGAAGGGAGUAUCUAUUUAAUUAUUUUUUUAAAUAAUGUUUUUUAUCUUAAGAGCAGUAUUCCGCCCACUCACAUAUUAUUUUAUGGGGUAGGCUUAUGUGUGUGAUACAGAAUUUUCAGGCUUAUCCUGGCCAAAAUUAAAAGGGUUAGUCUUAUGAACAAACUGGCAUAUUAACAAGUGUAAACAGUAUAUUCAAUUGUAAUUUUAUAAAGAGAUAAUGAAAUAAUUUGUUUUUAAAGUUUAUUUGUUGUCAUUUAUAUGAGCUUGCAAUGCUUAAGUAGUUUUUAUUCUAUUACUGAAACAACCUAGAGUAUAUUGCGUUAUCAUUAUUAAUAAGCUUUCACUUUUAUGUCUUUGAAAUCGCCAUUUUCCCAUCAGUUAUUUUAAUUUUUAAUUUCCAGAAUAUUUGGAGUGACCACAGUGGCUCCCAAAAACAAUUACAAUAUGUCCUUGACUCUUGCAAUCUUGAUGACUGUAAGAGUAUUACAGCUGUCUUAGAAAAAGUUUCUGCCAGCAUAAACUUGGUAAGCAAUACCCAAAUGGAUAACUUAAAUUAAUAAUUAAAUAAUACAGGAAUGUUUUGUUUAAUUUUAAAAUAAUGAAUUUAUAUGCUAAAUUUUAAAAUAAGCACAUCAAAACUAAAUCUCAUACUGAAAACAAUAUGUGCAAUGAAAUCAAAACAAGAUUCUAAAAAAGCAUCUUAUCUCAUUUUAUUUAUUUAUCUAUUUAUUAAUCAUAUUUGUAGCCAGUGGAAUUGUCAUAUGUGGUAUUAAAAUUAUAAAAUCGAUAACAAGAAAUUAUUAAUCCACAUUAUUCUGGUAAAUUAUCUGUUUUGCUAUUGACAGGCUCAGAACUAGAUUGUUUUAAAACCUUUUAAGUUUGACUAAAUGUCCAAAAACAUGACAACAGGACCCCAUUGUUGUUGAACAUAUUAUGACAAUACGACCCCAUUGUUAAUAAACAUUUGACAAUACCACCCUAUUGUUGAUGAACAUUAUAAGAAAAUACGACCCCUUUGUCAAGGGAAUGAGAAUCACUGUUGUUAGUAUGAACAUUGUUUUGGUCCGUGAGUUGUGUUGUGGGUGUUAUUAUUGUGUCUGAAUGAUCAUUGGAUGACAAGAAUAGAAUAAUAAACAAGUGUAUGAGGCGUGAGAUAGGGAGAGUGGAAGGAAGAGAGAGUUGACUUAGGAGAUUGUCAUGAGAUGUUCAUGAGUGAUAGCACCUGUGUUUUGGAUAGACUGUGUAGUUUAAAGGAGAUACUCUUACCAGGUGAAUAUGCGUAACAGAUAAAUGUAAUAAAGAAGAACCCAAGUCAUACAUAAAGUGUUUGUGUUCCAAUAUUCAGUGUGCCUGGGUAUUCGUUUAAAGACAUUGUUAUAGAGGUAUAGAGUGUCAUCAACAAAUGCUUGAAAAUGCUCCAGUAGAGUAAUAUAUUACCCUAUUUCAACACACAUUGUUGAUGACUAAUGUAUGUGAAUAAUGGCAGAAAUAGUUAUCUGUUAGCUAGUUAUAAUAAAUUAUAAAAAAAUGUACACCCAUUGAAGCAGAUAUUACAAAGUAGUUAUUUAUUUUUUUAAUUGUAUUUAACUUAGGUCUCUUCAAUGAAAACUUUUAAAGCCACUGCCUCAGCAGAUGAAGAUAUGGAGGUUGAAGAAAAUGAUGCAGAUGAAGCUGAUGACUUUGAUAGUUAUUAUGGAGCAGACGAUGUUGAUGCCCAGGAGGACGAUGUUAAAUUAGUUUCUGAGGAGUAAGCUUUAAAUUUUAGCAAAUUUGUUUCUUUUUUUUUUUGGUUUUGUUUAAACAUAAUGUUGAAUAUUACAGGCAAACAUCACUUUUUGAGAGUGAACAUUUUUUAGUUGGGAGUUCAAAAACUUAAAAGUAUAUUAUUUUUCAGUUUGUGGUAUAGAUAAUGGCUUGUUUGAAAAUGACAUAUACACAAAAAUAUUCAUUCACAUCUCAAAUGAAACAUAAACGUAAAGAAUGACCAAAAUUUUCACAUGAAGAAAUAUUUACCUGAAUUAUGGGGGAAUUAUCAUUUUUUUGAAAACAUGGAAUUUCAAUUUUGCUUAUGGAUCUUAAGGCAAAUAUCAAUUAUCAGAAGGAAACUUAAUUUUUUUAAAUGCAAAAUCUUUAUGUCAAAACUCUUCCCAAAUGAUUAUUAAGGUGUGUAAGUUAACAUCCGAGUUUUUUAAAAUGUAUCGGUAUUUUACUUUCAUAAAUCACAAAUUAAGAAGAAUUAUUUUCUCUAAUAUAUAAAAAGCUGCAACAAUUAAAAUUAAAUGCUUUAAAUAAUCAAUUAACUUGAAAUAAUCAUAGUUUUUAUCCUAUCUUCAGUAGAGAAUCAGAAGAAAAACUGGCAACAAGAUUUUUCAAAGGCAAUGGUUCUGAAAUGGCUGUAAAACGUUUAGUUAAAGGUUAUAUUUUAUUACGUAUUACUUCUUUCAUUGAUCCCUUGUAUAAAUUGUUGUCAAGCUUAUUAGAUUAUGUGAUAUUGAAAAUUGCUCUACACUGAUGCUUGAUGGAGAUGAAAAUGUAGUUCAAAUGAGGUUUGUGUUAGCUUGACGAAAUUGACAGCGUCUGUCGUCUGUUAUAGGGGAAUUGCUGUAUAUAUAUUUUAUUUUUAAAUCAUCUAUUGAAUUUGACAGAUUUUUUUAAUCUCCGAUCUUUGCAGAAUUAAAGGAAACAACUUAAUAACUUUACUUAAUUAUUUAAAUUAGGCUCUGAAAGGGAAUUUUUAAAAAUAUUUAACACACAUGAAUACUUUUUCUUAAUUGCUCUUAUGGGAAAUUUAUUACUUAAAAGUGAGACUAUGCUUGCCAGGUGUAUUUUGACAAUUUUAAAUUGUAAAAUAAAAAGCAUUUUAAAAUCAAUGGAAGCUAUUUAUAAUUUGAAAUAAAUUUCCCAUCAAAUUAAUCUUCUGCCCACACUUGUGUGAUCUCUGUUUGGGAGGAAAUUCACCCCUUGAUUCCACUUGUAUGAAAUACAAAUAAGAACACUAAAGUAAUUUCAAGAACAUUAUUGUUCUUUCUGACUAAGUAAGGGAGAUAAAUGCUUCCCCUUAUUGCAACAGAACAGUCAGGUAACUUGCCCGAAAUCAAAGUUUGUCCAUAAAUGACUGUAUGCCCUUUUGCCUGUAUGCCACAUGAACCAAGGGAUCAUGUUUUUAAAUUAAAAUUUUCUUAACAACUAAGACUUUCAGACCACACAAAAACAAGAUCACUAAACUAUUAGUAAUUAUUCAAAUUCUGAAAUUCAAGUGAUUUAUGGCAUCACUUUCUUAAACUCAACCUUUAUUUGAGCCCAAAAUAAAAACAUGGGGCUAGCCAUAUAGCUCUUACUUAAUGCUGCUUAAAGAUUAAAUGAUUUUUUUGUUGAAUUAUUAUUUUUUGACACAUUUGUUUUCAUCUUUCUUUCCCCAGAUUUAAAAAAUAUUAGUGUUUGUGGGCCGAAAUUUGGGUUUUUGGCAUCUCCUGUGGAAAACAACCUGUUUGUCUGGGUAGGAAAACUCUUUUUUGUAACAAAUGCUUUUUGUAAAGGAGGUAGUGCCAUAAACUUCAGGAGACAAUUUGGACUUUCAUCCUUCUUUUAUUCUUAAGUAUAUUAUUAAAUGUACAAUAUGCAUAACUAUUUUAUCAUGGUUUUGCUAUGAGAUACUUUGUAAUGUUGGUCUCUAUCAUGCAAGCUUGUUCACAAUGCUUAUCUUGAAGUAAGUUGAAGCUUGACUCGUUUCAGCUCUGUUUAUGAACUUACUUUUUCAAAGAAUUUAUUGUGGUAGUCAAUAUGUUGUUUUUUUUCCAUAGCAAGUGAAGCUUACAAACAUACCAACUGAUACACGACUGGGCAAAGAUUUGGUGAUUUAUGCCAAGAAGUAUAACCAAGAGGUAUGGAAAAACUUCAAGUGUUAUGUAGGUUUGUUAUUGUCCUUUUCUUAGAUCAAGCCUGUUACUAUAAUAAGAUAAUCUAUAUAAAGCUAAUACUAAUAUAAAAAUGAAAUGUCACACUAUAGCUAGAUAUUUAAAACAUCCGAUAGAUGUUUUUGUAUAUGUAGAAAAUAUGUGCAUGCGUGUGCAUCAGAGUUGUACAUAAGGAGUACCAUUGAAUGAAUUUGUCUGUGGCCCCUUAAUAAAAAGUAUCUGUAUCUAAUUAUUAAAAUAUUUAUAAUGCAGCAUCCGGGCACUACCGGUACCCAUAAGUUUUUUUUUUUUUUAACUAUAAAAAAAAAAGGUUAAGAUUUAAGCAGUGUAAAAAGGAACAAAUGGAUCACAAUUUUAUUGGAAUAUAUUGGACCAUUGACAUGUUUCUCCAUAAUAUGUGCAAGUUAUUCUUUAAAGUAAGAUUUCAGACAUAAUGCAUUGAGAAUUAACUAUCACAUGGUCUAAUUAUAAAAAAUGCCCUGUUUUCUACCAUCAUGUUGAGAAUAACCUCCCAUAAUCUCCCAUAAUUUAUGUAAUUUUGAUAAGUAGAGUUAGUAGUGCUGUAUAUCAUCUCUUACUCAUAAGAACAGUCACUUUUGUUUACCCUCAACAAUCCCUUUUGUACUCACAGCCUGUUAUAACACUGGACAUGCAAUUUCCAACGGAUUAUCCAUUCAGUCCUCCAUUUAUCAGAGUUCUUAAACCAAGGUUCCAGUUUUUGACAGGUUAGUAUUAAACUUACCAAUCAAUAUCACAUCAGCAUUAAAAUAUUGUUUUAUUUUGCACACCAAAACAUAAUGUAUUUUUGAAGAAAGUGGUCUUGAUAUAUUUACCUGUUACAUUUGACAUUGGUGUUGAUUCUAAAAACCAUGGGAUCAUGCCAGGGUGUUCCUAGCAUCUUGAUAGGGUUAAAUAAUUAUUAUUUUAGGGGAAACAAGAUAAAGAUGUUCGCUACAAACUUUAAAAUAUUAAAAAUGUACAUUUAGAGAAGUAUUGUUAACAAAUUAGUCCAUUUAGAGAAGUAUUGUUAACAAAUUAGUCCAUUGAGAGAAACAAAAAAAGCCCUUGACAUGUUAUAACUGAUAAUGACAAAUGACGCUUACGCUUACAUCAAUUUUAUUAAAUGUAUCCAUGUGUCAAUUUAAUGGAGCUUCAUUUUUGCACAGGCCAUGUAACUAUUGGUGGUAGCAUAUGUAUGCAAAUGUUAACCAAGUCUGGUUGGUGCCCAACCAAUGAUAUUGAGGUAAUUUAUUUAUUCUUUGUAUUUAAAUUUGAUCAUUUAUAGUAAAGCAUUAGGUACCAAUAUUAUGAGUCAUUUGAAACUUCUAAAUAAAUUCUAGUAAUAUUUUAUAUUUAUCGUAGAUCUAUUUGCAGAUUUUCUCCACCAUAAAUAUAUAAUUUACUUCAAACUCUGAAAUGAGGAAAUGAAUGAGUUUAUUCGUGCUCUUAAAUUUUAUUUCUCCUCCUAAAUCUUAAAAUUAUCUGUGAUUUAUUUUCAAUUAAUUUUUAAAUUCUUUGCAUUCAAAUUUUUUUUUCAACCUUAAUUUUUAAUUUGCUUAUAUUAAGUUAUAAUUAUAAUUGAUCAUUUUCUUGAAUGAUGACCAAUAAUUUCUUUCUUCUUCUUCUUCUUCUUCUAUAUCUUAAGGGCCCAUGAUCAAUUUAUUGAUCAUUUUGGCUCCUAUCUUUUAUUUCUUCCUUUUAACUUUUAUGUUUACCCAGGGGUUAAUUCAUUGGAAACAACCUUGGGAGUUGCUCAUGGUUUUUUUAUCAUAAAAAUCAAUAAACUUGUUCAUCUUAACAAAUUGCCUAAAUUUAUUAGAGGGGAGCUGUACUUUUGUAGAUAUGCCCUUCCAAGCCGAUAAGAAGUUUUUUUUGAGUCUUAAUUUUAAAACACUUCCCAUUGAAUCGUCAGAGUAUCCUUGUGCAAGUCCGAUCAGAAAUCUUGAGUGACCCAAAGGCCAGUCUUGAUGUGCACAAAUCAGCAACAGCAUAUUCAGAAAUAGAGGCCAGGACAGCAUUCCAGCGGAUGGUUGAAAAGUAUGGAUGGUGAUAGUUGGAUCAAGCUAUUACACAACUAUUUUUAGUUUGGGAAUGCAAGAAUGCAAUAUGAAAGAGGACUACAAGAACACAUAUUGUGUUAUAGAUAUUUCCGUAGGAAUGUGUAAAAACAUACCUUGAAUACCUUUUGUCUUUCAGCAAUCAGGUAAUUUUGAUAAAAUAUUUCCUAAUUUAGUCAUUUGUGUUAUGCAUACUGAUUUUGUUUUACUUUUGAUUGACUAGC